AUUAAGCUUUGAAUUAUUCUUAUAUUUCUAGACAAAAAUAAAGCACCUCAAUGACAAAGCAAAAAAAGAUUACUAUUAAAUACUCCCAUGUUAUUUUAGGACUAUAUAGAAUCAUCAUACAACUUCGAACUAAGAAAAGCUCCGCUCAACUUUCCGGUAAUACACCACCGUUGAUUAAAUCUCCAGCGUUCAUCUGCUUUAAUCUGGGCCGGUUAAUUCAGUGAGUUGAACAAAAAUGGGUCAAGAAUCCUUCAUAUACAGCUUUGUAGCUCGUGGUACAAUGGUACUAGCUGAAUACACUGAGUUUACUGGAAAUUUCCCUGCUAUUGCAGCUCAAUGUUUGCAGAAAUUGCCAUCUUCAAACAAUAAAUUCACUUAUAAUUGUGAUCACCAUACUUUUAACUUCCUUGUUCAAGAUGGUUAUGCUUAUUGUGUUGUUUCCAAAGAAUCUGUGGGGAAGCAAAUUUCUAUUGCAUUUUUGGAACGUGUGAGAGCCGAUUUUAAGAAAAGAUAUGGUGGUGGUAAAGCAGAUACAGCUGUGGCUAAAAGUCUUAAUAAAGAGUUCGGACCCAUCAUGAAAGAGCAUAUGCAGUAUAUAAUUGACCAUGCCGACGAGAUUGAGAAACUAUUAAAAGUUAAAGCGCAAGUGUCUGAAGUCAAAAGUAUUAUGUUGGAGAAUAUAGACAAGACUAUUGAAAGAGGGGAAAACUUGACUACACUUUCCGACAAGGCUGAAGAUCUGCGUGAUUCGGCCCAAGAAUUCAAGAAAAAGGGGACUCAAAUACGGCGGAAGAUGUGGUAUCAGAAUAUGAAAAUAAAGUUGGUUGUGCUAGGGAUCAUCCUGUUUCUGGUUCUUAUAAUCUGGCUUUCAAUUUGCCGUGGCUUCAAUUGCACCAACUAGGAUAUUGUUGCGCACAGUUGGGACCAAAUUCAUACAAAUGUAGGCUAACAGGAUCAAACGGGCACAUCUGUGGAAGAAUUUGUCAUGAAGAAAGUAAAACAUCUAUAAGCCUUUGUUUCAGAUUUUUCUGAAACCUUUUAUAAAAAAACAAAAAGAACUUUUUUUUUUCCUUUGUUAAUUUCUUUAAAAUGUUUAGAACAGCUUGAAUGUCUUUUUAUUUGCGUCUUUUUUUUUUUU